UUGACGUGUCCUGUACCAGACUUUACUUACGGAUUCCCCAUCAUCGACAUCGACGACCCUGUCCACAAACCAUAUAUCAACCACCGAUUGGCUAGGAAUUUCAGCCUUCAAACGCUACACGACCUUAGAAGAGCUGGUGUAUUAUCCUCACCGCGGAAAGCCCUAGCGAAAUGGAACUCUUCAAAGCACACGGGGGACCAAAUGCGUGGUUCAGAUCUCAUGUGCUUCCCGUGGGCUGUCGUUGAGGUAAAAUCAGCUCUCGGGUACGCUGAUGUACAAAAAACGUGCUACUGUCAAGCUGCAAAUGCUUCUGCCGCCGCCCUUAGCAUACGGGAGAAGCUGUGUUUAGCUUCGAAGAAGAGCGACCCUAGUCCGGAAGCUCUUGUCAUCUUCUCUUUCACAUGUGUUGGUGCGGACGUCAAGCUCUGGCUUACAUACAGGACGCCCGAGAGGGAAGUGGUUAUGCGAUGUAUAUGGGCAACCUCAUUGGAAAUUUCGUGGGGUGUCUUUGUCCUACGCAUGGUGUUUAAGAACAUGCAUGAAUUGGUAAACCGAGAGGUCAGAAACGAACUUGCUCGAUGGAUUGAAGCAGCUAGGGGAUGUUCAACACCUAAGGGUUUUCCAAGUCCUAAUAGUGACUCGAUAAAGCAAAGCAGAAGAUCUGCAUCCCACGAGUCGCACCCCGAACGUCUAAUAGACAGUCCUCUUUCGCGAAAGUCAAAUCCUUCU